CGGCGCAGACGCUGGAGCCUCGCUUUGUACACGUGCGGAGAAAAGGGCGAGUAUAAAAGAAGGGGGCAGAGCUGCGGCAUGACGGAGCGGAGACAGCAGCAGCUGAGAGACACAAGCCGAGCCGCCGGAUCCCAUAAAAGGUUCAAACAGCAGCGCAGAGGACGCGGAGGCUCGCCUCCGGGACGCACCGUUUUUCCACUACAUGACUACACAUUGUUACAUUAUCUGAGGUGGAGUCGGUCACAGGAAACAGGCAGGAAGGUCAGAGGGUUGCAGGUGUCACCCAGCACAGCAGGGAAAAGAGGUGAAAUGGACCUUCAUGAUAAAGAGGUUCUCCGUGGAGACAUCUGGCCUGUGGUGAUUAUUGGUAACGGCCCCUCAGGCAUCUGCCUGUCCUACCUGUUAUCAGGUUACACCCCUUACCUGUCACCUGAGGCGUCGCACCCGAAUCCCCUGCUGUACAGCAAGCUGGCGGAGCAGCCUCACCUGUCGUUGCUGGAGCAGGACUUGGAGUAUCUGUGCGAGGGGCUGGAGGGCCGAUCAUCCAACCCCGUAGCGGUGCUCUUUGAUUCCUUGUUGCUGCCCGACAGCGACUUUGGAUUUGACCACACCUCUCCCCUGGAGUGGCGGUACGAGCCAGAGCGUGCCGUUCCUCACCUGGUGCUGGGGAAGGGUCCACCUGGAGGAGCCUGGCAUGCGAUGGAGGGCUCCAUGCUGACUCUGAGUCUGGCUAACUGGAUGGAGCUCCCUGGACUGAAGCUGAAGGACUGGAUGAGAGACAAACGCAGAAAUGUACGAAACGACCGUGCCACACCAGCAGAGAUCGCCUCCUACUACCAGCACUACGUUUCCCAGAUGUCCCUGGAGCAGAACUUCGCCUGUGGGACCGUAGUCACCUCUGUGAGCAGGCAGCCCAGCUGCCAGGAGGGGUCGCCGCCCUGCUGGAGAGUGAUGGGACUGCAGCGGCGAGAGGGGGAAGAACUGGGAGAUGGUUCCACGGUUUCGGAGGAGGUGCCUUUCUCCCUGUUGGCCCACAAUGUGGUGUUAGCGACGGGCACACACGACAUCCCGGCCAGACUCGGCGUAGAGGGCGAGUCCCUGCCCUUUGUCUGCCACUCGUUCUGGGAUCUAGAGGCGGCCAUCACUCGGGGCGAGCUUGACCAGUCUUCAGACCCCGUUCUGGUGGUGGGGGCGGGGCUCACAGCAGCUGACGCAGUACUUGCCACCCACCAUCUCAGCACCCCUGUCUUCCACGCCUUCAGACGCUCAAUCACCGACCCUGAGCUCAUCUUCAACCAGCUGCCUAAACUGCUUUACCCAGAGUACCACAAGGUUUACCAGAUGAUGACUCAGCAGCAGCAUCAACCAAGCCAUCCACAACAGGACCACACCCGGGACCUUCAUCACCAUUCCACCCCUUCCUCUUCCUCCUCCUCCGUGCCCCGAUACCCGGGUUACCUGAGCUUCCCGUGCCACAGAGUUGUGGAGUUCAGCCCUGACCGGAAGUGUGUCCUAGAGUCAGACGCCGGCGAGCAGACGGUGGUUCAGGUCUCUAAGGCUCUGGUUCUGAUUGGCGCCCACCCCAACCUCUCCUUUCUAGACAAUAACGGCUGUUCGCUUGGCUUGAAUCCUGAAGAGCCCAUCUCCUGCCGGAGGAACCCAAUAGAGGUGGACCCGUUCACAAACAGGGUGAUAGCAGCAGAUGGGCCAGGCAUGUACGCCAUGGGGCCGCUAGUGGGCGAGAACUUUGUCAGGUUCCUGAAGGGAGGAGCUCUGGCUAUCGCGAGCGACCUCACCAAGAGACAGAAGGAAGAGGCCGAAAGAGGAGAGGGGGAGCUGAGCAUAGACAGGUUCAUGGACAGAUGUGUGGACAGACAAGUGGCCACUCAGACAGAAGCAGAGCUUUUCCUUGUGGAUGUGUAGCACAUUUCCUGGGAUUGGUGGGUUUUGUGUACUGAAGCAAACUUUGGCGAACCGAUUGAGAGGAAGCCACACAGGCCAUAGUUCCUAGAAACCAGAGAGUGGGAGGAUCACACAGGCAGCACAGAGCUCUGAUAUCCUUGGAUAAAGAAAAGCCUCCAGAUGUGAGGCAGAGCUGUUGGCAUCAGAAACACGUCAGUCAUUUAUACGUAGCUGAGCGGAGCCAAAGGAUGCAGUGGAGCAGAGACAGGUGGCCAGUUUGUGUUGUUCUUAUCUGGUUGUACAGGUAGAUGUCACUACGUCAACAUGAGAUGGUUUUUAAAUUAUUAUUAUUUUUUUUACAUUAAUAUCCUGUUAUAUUUAAUUUUUUUAAAUGUAACCAAUAAAAUGUUUUCCAGCGCCAUCUAGUGGUCAAAUAAUCUCCACCAGCUCUUUUAAAGGGGACCCAGUUCAGCUCCAUAUUUACUGAUGGACUCGUGCACACGCUGACCUCAUUGCUUUAAACUUUGGUUUAAUAUGAACUUCCUCUUUUUAACAGUGUGUCCAUGACAGAUAUGUAAACGUUAAAGUUCAGCACUAGCUUCCAUUAUAUGCACCCUCGAUUUAAUAAUUGCAGGCCGAUGAGGAUGGACACAAACAGGUGGAGAAGCAGAGGAACCGAGAGGAAGAACUCUAGUCAUCCUCACAGUUCAAGUUUCCUGUCCCUACAAUAACCUCUGCAUCAGAGUUUAAUAAGUCAGCAGCACCAUAUGUGACAAACCGGCACGCGGCCACAUCCUCGGGCUCUUUAACAAUGAGGGUAACGAACGCGUUUCCAUAUGAAUCAUUUAUUCAGCGGUUGGACCCGUCGGGUUCAGUUUUGCAGUUUUCUGAAGCCAUCAAACUUAUUUGUCAUGUGACUGUGGCUGUUUGUUUGUCUUGAAGUAUAAAAAUAUUUUAAACAGCAUUUUUAAUCUGCAGCUUUCAGAACAAACUUCACUGAAUCGUUUCCAGCCAGAAGUACAACGAUGAAUGUUUUCACGUGAAUCUGCCGACACUUUGAUUUCCUCAGAGCACUUUUUACCCCUCGGCCUGACGAGGCUCUCAGCUUUGUGAACGCGAUGACGAGAACGAUGUCAUCGAUGCAGAUGCAGCUACUGAGAAUCUCAGAUCUUACCAUAAUGAUGCCAGUGUCAUUAGAUUGUAGUUUAUAUACAUACAGCACCAGUAAUUAGCAUGUCUUCCUUUAGAGGACUCAAAAAUGCAUCAAGAGGCUGAUUAUGCAGUAAAAUAUGUCUGAACUUCUUACCUGUAUUUACACCUGAGGUCUGCGUCAUCUUUGACUUCAGCCCUGCUUUGAGUCGUUUUUGGCUGUCAGGGCCCAAAAUGAUGCUCCUAACAUGCAGGCUGUGUUUCCCAGAAAAGGUUCAAGUCUGCUCGGGAAGAACAAAGUAUUUUUCAGGGAAAUUAUUCCGUACCAGGAUGAAUCCAUGUCUGGGAAACUGGGUGUGGCCUAACCGUAACCACGUGAUGGGUCACGGUGAUCCAGGAGAGGAAAGCUUUGGGAUUCAUCUUUGUGCCAGAGGGGGGGGGGUCCACGGGAGCACUGGCCCUGCCCGGGGUGUGCGCUGACCUCAGUCCCACAGAAAGAUGCUGAAGCUGAACAAAGUCUGCAGAGAAAAUCUGUAUAAGAGCCAUCUACAUUUGGCUUUGAUCUGUUUAAAGAAGGGAUCAAAAAUGUAACCAAGUUUGAGGUUCUGUCACUUCGACUCGCUGCUGGAAACUUUUUGAAAAUUAUCCAUAAUUAUUUUUGUUUUUAAGGUGACUGUUGAUCUGUAAAUCGAGCCAUGCUGAUUUCAACCUUUUCAUGGAUUUUAUGACAGAAAACUACAAAAAUAAGUCCCUUACAUUUAAAUCUGAUCUCAUGUAGACAGCUUAUUAUAUUAGCAUAUACACUAAUAUUGUUGAGACACACUAGAGCUUCUUUACUAAGCACUUAAAAUUACCGACGAUAAAAUCAGAAGGUGUAAGAUUAUAUUCUAGUUUGUGGUACAAGCGUUUGACUGCAGCUAACAUGUUUUAUGAUUAAUAAACUGUAAACUUGUAUUGAGUGCAUAUAAGCUGAUCUCUGUGUAUUUGUACCUUUCAUAAAGUUGCAAAGAGAUGUUUUUAUUUUUGAUGAAUGAAUCACUGAAUUUCUGUCAGGUUUCUAAUGUAUUUAUUGUAUAAUUACUUUUUAGCUCUGAAGAUGCUCGUUUUAAAAUAACUCAGCAGGUAUUUUUCUGUGUGCUGCUUCUGAAAUAUGACCUACAGCAGCCGACGGUGCCUUAAGACUCGUUACUCACAGGAUUUUGUUUCAUAGCAGAAUAAAAGCACGAUCAUCUGAACGUCUCUUUCGUGAUGUAGUAAAGUCAUGCUGUGCCUGUCUGUAGAUUUUUAUUGAUUUAUAGUUCAGAAUAACUUCCAUCUGCAUAAAAUGUAAAAAUUUUUCAGUGUUCAUUUGUAUCAUGGUUUUUAUUAAACAGCAGAUUUUC